CUGAAGUCGGAUGCUCAACCGACUGAGCCACCCAGGCGCCCCAAUGGCGAAAUCUUUGAACAACCUAAAUGCUCGGCAACCAGGGCUUGGUCAGAUAGCCGAUAUAUAUCCGUGUAAUGGGACACGACGACACUGACACAAAUAGCCGUGACAUUCAGUGUCUUGAAAAAAAUACCCACAGCUUGUGAAGUAAAAAGAACAAAAUCUGUGGCCCCUCCAGUCCCAUCUGUGAAAAGACAAACACCAACACCUCGAUGGGGUGCUCCCCUCGGCCUUCUUCCUCGCCCCGCCCCUUCUCUGUCUCGGUCUUGGCUUCCCCAGCGGCUCCCCGUGACGUGUCUCUGACUCCAGGUGACCUCCUGGGGGCCAGCUUCUCCAUCAUCUGCUCCGUUCUGAGCAGCAAGGCGGUGGUGAGACGAGAGGUCCUGCGGGACGUGGUGGGGCGCUGCCGCUAUAGGGUCAACAACCACUUGGACCACAAGUACAAACCACGGCCUGUGAACGUGAUCAUCUGUUCUGCGAAGAAGAAGAUUGGUGAGGAGAUGGAGUACAGGCUUCUGGGCAAGAACUGUGAGCAUUUUGUCACCGAUCUGAGAUACGGUGUGCCCCACAGCAGGCAGGUAGAUCGUGAUGCCCCCACAGGUCGUCAGGAAGAGUCUGGGCCAACCCAGCAUCGUGACUCGUCUCCGAAAAAGAGCACACAGGCAGGGGGUGUGCUCAAGGUCCACGGGCCUAUCCAGCCUCUGCCGCCGGUGACCCUGAUGAAUGGCCACUCCAUGGUGGUCACCGCAGCCACUCCCCCUCUGGCUUGA